GGCAGUCCUCGUGUGCACGCCAAGUUUCACGCGUUUUGGGGUAUGAUAAGGCAGCCAAAAGUGCAAUUCAAAAGAGUGAAUAAUAAUAAUAAGAAACCCGAGGCACCAUCGGUGCUCGGACCCUAAUUAUAUAUAUAAAAAAAGAGAUCAAACUUCGGAAAUAUACUAAGGGUCCACACCUGCGUUAGAGCUCCGCCAGAGGGAGCGAUCAGCCCGCAGCCAGGAGGCAGCUCCGCUCCUCUUAUCCGACUGGAGGCUUCAGCUCUCAGCCGAGCGGACCUGGCCAGGCUGCUCGGGUCUUCACCGACCAGCAGCAGCCUUUUUAACGCCUUUUUCCGGGGGAAAGCGAGGCUUUGGGAUACCGACGCUCAUGCAUAUGUACCCAGACGUGUAUUUGCGGGCAUAAGGACGGCAGGACCGAGCGAUGUCUGGUUUCACCAACCUGAACAGCUCCGUCGGCUACAGCCAGAACUCAACGCCGAACGGCGGAGCUGCGCCCCCCUAUCAGAAUGGUCCAGUGCAGACUUACCCUGCCAUGUACCCACCUGCAGGUUACUAUGGAGCCCCACCUCAACAGCAGGGCUAUUCCACCAUUCCUGGCCAUGCUGCUCCUGCUCCCAACAAAGCACCCGUCACGAACAAUGCCCACAGUGCUAACUACUACCACAACAACCAUCAGCAGCAGCAAAACCACCUCCCGCAGCAUCAUGUAGCACCCUCGCCAUACAGCGCUCCUCUGAGCUCUGCACCUCCCUCUCAGCCAUAUGCCGCCCUUCCCUCUGCAGCGCCUCCACCAACAAAUGCCCACUACAACCAACAGCCAUUCCAGCCGCAUCCGCCCUAUGCUACUCCAGGAUCCUACUAUGGACAGCAGUCGUACCAUCCUUCCUCAGCACGGCAGCAUCCCAGCUUGGUUCCUGUGACAGCUAGCGGCCCCGGAGCGCCCCUCUACCCAAUUGUUUCUUACCCGUCUGCGCCAGGAAGUAGCCAGUAUGGCACCCUCAGUUCCUCCCAGAGCACUUCUGCACCCGUAGGCAUGCCCACCCAGAUGGUGGGUGCUCCCCUACACCAGUACAGCGCUGCGCCUCCACCCUCCACGACAGCAGUGCAGCCUGGGUACGGUGUGGGUCCUCCCGGUCAGACGGCACCAACGGUCGUCAACGGUCAAGGAAGCGCAGCCCAAAACGCAGUCCACCAACACUACACCCAAAGCCACCAGGCCUCUCUGAGCUAUGACUCCUACAGCGGGGUCCCUCCAGGCAGUGGUGGUGCAGACACAGACCAACCGCCCUCAGGAACCCCCUCCACUUCAGUCCAUUCCUCACCGGGCCACCACCAAGGCGUGCAGUACGGAUAUGUUGCUAAUAGUGGAGCUAGCUCUGCCUCUGCCACCACCUCAGGCCCAGCAGCAGCAGCAGCAGCAGCAGCAGCAGCAGCAGCCCCCUCGUCAUCCAGCUCUGAUGAUGAUGAUGAGGAGGAGGAUGAGGAUGAGGAAGCAGGCGGCGACACCUCCUCUUCCACUACUGGCAGUGCCUCUCCGGUGCCCAACAGCUACGAUUCCUUAGAAGGCGGCAGCUAUCCAGAUUCCAUGCCACCCUCUAAUGAUAUGACCAACCAGGCUGCUCCGUAUGGUAGCUAUGGUUACCCCAGCAUGCAGUCAGCCUAUCAGCAGGGACCAGCCUCCCACACGGACGCCUCGCCUUCCCACGACCUGUAUGGACAGUCAGGCUACCAGCAGUACUCCCAGCCAUUCCCCAACCUCUCCCAGCUGUCUGCCGCCCUGGGGGGGCUGAGCGGGGUUCCUGAGCUGGAGGUGGAGGCAUUGAGGCCCGUCAACCUGCUGCAGGAGAGGAACCUGCUGCCCCCGAGGCCCUUGGAGGCCCCCGAACCCAACGUCAGCUCCGAUCUGAAGAAGGUCAACUGCAGUCCGCAGACAUUCAGGUGUACCCUGACCAGCAUCCCCCAGACCCAGGCUUUACUCAACAAGGCCAGACUCCCUCUGGGGCUCCUCCUGCACCCCUUCAGAGAUCUACAGCAGUUACCGGUGAUCACAUCGAACACGAUAGUGCGCUGUCGCUCCUGUCGCACCUACAUCAACCCAUUUGUCACCUUCCUGGACCAGCGCAGGUGGAAGUGCAACCUGUGUUACCGGGUCAACGAUGUUCCAGAUGAGUUUAUGUACAACCCAGUCACCAGGUCAUACGGAGAACCACACAAGAGGCCAGAGGUCCAGAACGCCACGGUGGAGUUCAUUGCCUCAUCAGACUACAUGUUGCGGCCUCCUCAGCCGGCGGUCUACCUGUUUGUGCUCGAUGUUUCUCACAAUGCUGUAGAAGCAGGAUACCUGAAGUACUUCUGUGAAUCACUUCUUGAGAACCUGACUAAGUUGCCGGGGGAUGUGCGCACCAGGGUGGGCUUCCUCACCUUUGACAGCACCAUCCACUUUUAUAACCUCCAGGAGGGCCUGUCUCAGCCGCAGAUGCUGGUCGUGUCGGACAUCGAUGAUGUCUUUAUCCCAUCCCAUGACAGUCUGAUGGUGAACCUAAAGGAGAGCAAAGAGCUGGUGAAGGACCUGCUGACGUCGCUACCAGAGAUGUUCAGCCAGACCAGGGAGACCCACAGUGCCCUCGGUCCUGCCUUACAGGCCGCCUAUAAGCUCAUGUCCCCGACCGGCGGACGCAUCACGGUGUUCCAGACUCAGCUGCCGACGCUGGGUGUCGGUGCGCUGCAGGCGAGAGAAGACCCCAAUCAGCGCUCGAGUGCAAAGGGAGUACAGCACCUCGGCCCAGCCACAGACUUCUAUAAGAAACUUGCACUGGACUGCUCAGGACAACAGAUUGGAGUGGAUCUUUUCCUGCUCAGCUCGCAGUAUGCCGACCUCGCCUCAUUAGCAUGUAUGUCAAAGUAUUCAGCGGGCAGUGUCUUCUACUACCCCUCCUUUCAUUACAUCCACAACCCGGCUCAGCUGGAGAAGUUCCAGAAGGAUCUCGAGCGCUACCUCACCAGAAAGAUUGGCUUUGAGGCCGUCAUGAGAAUACGAUGCACUAAAGGUUUAUCCAUUCACACGUUCCACGGGAACUUCUUUGUGCGCUCUACUGACCUGCUGUCCCUGGCCAAUGUGAACCCAGACUCUGCCUUCGCUGUCCAGAUGUCAGUUGAAGACUCUCUGGCGGACUCGUCGCUGGCCUGCUUCCAGGCUGCUCUGCUCUACACGUCUAGUAGAGGUAAGAGGCGUAUCAGGGUCCACACACUGUGUCUGCCGGUGGUCAACCAGCUGAGCGAUGUGUAUGCCGGAGCUGACGUCCAGGCAAUCACCUGUCUGUUAGCCAACAUGGCUAUCGACCGGUCCGUGUCAUCCAGCCUGUCGGAUGCACGUGACGCUCUGGUGAACGCCGUGGUGGACCUGGUGAGCGCCUACAAGAGCAACGUGUCCAACCUGCAGCAGUCUGGACUUGUCGUGCCUGCGUCCAUGCGCCUCUUCCCCCUCUACAUCCUCGCUCUGCUCAAACAGAAAGCGCUGCGGACCGGCACCAGCACGCGGCUGGACGAGCGGGUCUUUGCCAUGUGCGAGUUCAAGACACAGCCGCUACAGCAGCUGAUGCGACUGGUUCAUCCUGACCUGUACAGGCUGGACAACAUGUCUGACCAGGGGGCGCUCCAUCUGAACGACACCGUGGUUCCCCAGCCUCAUCUGCUCCACCUGUCUGCUGAGAGGCUGAGCAGAGACGGAGCUUUCCUCAUGGACUGCAGCAACGUGUUUUAUCUGUGGAUCGGCAAAUGCUGCAAUGAAAUGUUCAUCCGGGAUGUUCUGGGCUGCCCCAACUACGCUUCAAUACCCCCCAACAUGAGUCACAUUCCUGAGCUGGAGACUCCUCUUUCUGAGAGGGUGCGAGCGUUCCUCGACUGGCUGCAGGACAACCGAGCGUUCAGCUGCACGAUACACGUCGUCAAAGAUGAUGCUUCAGCUAAGGCCACUUUGUUCCAGCACCUGGUAGAGGACCAGUCUGAGGUGGCUUCUUCCUACCGUGAUUUCCUGCAGCACAUUCAGCAGCAAAUAUCCAAGUAGGCUCCCAUCAUGCUAAGAGAAACUUCGGCCACUAGAUUCCUGAAACCAGAGCAGAACUGGACUUCAGCUCGUAGCGUGAGAACUAGCGUUGGCCAGCGGUGGUCUCCCAUCGCUCCCUCAGACCAGUUUCAGUGAGGUGGGUUUCCUUUCACAGUCUUAUUGAACAAAUCCAUCUCCGCAGCCCGUCGGCCGGCUGCGAUCCGACCAUGGUAAGGGAAGGAGGAGGUAGUUGUAGGAAAAGUAUGAAGAGUUACAGAAAUAAAUAAAUGAAGGAACAGUGAUUUUCUUUUUUAUUAAUAAAGUGAGUUGUUGAAAAUGUUCCUGCAGCGCGUGGUCGCUGCCUCAUAACCACUGUCGAACCUGUUCGAGAAAAGAAGGGGAAAGGGAGUCAAGCCAAGAAGAUGCCACUUCAAACAUGUUUAGUUCAGUUUGUUUUUGUGAGCCUAACAUGUAGCUAGUGCUGUUUCUUUUUUUUUUCUUCUAGAAUUUAUUUUCAUUUUAUUUUCAUUCUGAGACUUAUUUUGAAUACACUGGAGACCGGAAACAAGAGUAUUGGUGUGUGCUUUGGAAACGCGUGUCGCCGUCUUGUCCGCUGCUAGUCUGGUGAUGAACGACAGCUCUUCAGGAACGAGAUUCGACAGCGGUUGGACAUUUAAAACUCCUGCUGGAUGCUUCUUCUUCUCUGCUCCACUGUGUGAACCCCUGGAGAAGUCAAGAUCGACACAUGGUUUGGAUGUUAUCAAACCCUUCAGUUGGUAUUAUCAUCGCAAAUCACUCCCAUACAUACAGGCCACUUUGUAGUCAGCCGAGUUAUCACCAUCUCAUCUAGGACAACUGUUAUUUUUUAAGUUCAUUUUCUUGUGUUUUCUGUGGCAGUUUUAUUAAAUUUGUGUAUGGGAGGUACUGAGUUACAUUUAGGCAUCAGCAAUUCUUGAUUAGACUUAGGUAUUUUUAGAAGAUUUAGGUAAAAAAAAAAAUACACCCUGACGCUACUUUAACCCUAUGUAACAACUCUACAUUUUACUCAUUUCCAGGGUGAUAUUACUUUACCACAUGAUAUCACCUAUGCUAUCAGGAUUGCACAGUUUUUUUUAGUGGUCAGAAUAGUCCACUAGAAGAUGGAAUAAGUCCCUACUGGCCCAUAAGUAUAUAUGAGAAUGAUCUUCGGUGAUAAAUGCCAAUCGGUUCUCUGAUAAUUUCCAAAUCGGUGUGAUCAAUCACUCCCCGUUGGCAGUCUUCUCCUCAUCUGUUUUUUUUCUCUCCAGACGCUAUAUGAAGUUGCUAUCCACUUUGUAACUACUGAAAAGAAUCUUUUAUGUGCGAUAAUUUAUGAACCAGCUUAUUAAAUAAAAACAAAAAUGGAACUCUG